AAUCUUUUAGACUAUACCUUUAUAUCUCUAAUGCUUAUUUUGUCACAUUCUUUUUCCCCUCUCUUUCUUUCUUUAAUUACAAUCCGCGAACAAUUUAUAAAUCCACAGGUAUUGUUGCGAUAAGAAAAGUGUCAUAUAGUUAUGUAAUUAAAUUAGAUAUGUGAUCGAUUAAAUUUGAUCUCUCCUACACUUGUCCCCCAGCACCACAACUUUCGCGUGCACGUUUAACGUAUCAGCGAUGACUUACGUGAAUUUAGCGUGUGCCAUUGAUCGAGAGCCACUGUACGAUGCGUACACUUAUGUCUAGGCACACACAGGCAGAGACGCAAUACACGACGAUGAAGUGAGAGAGAGUUUUAGGCAACGACACGAUGAAGAUGACAAACGUGCAGUUAAUCUCGAUGAGCGCAAGAAGGGAGAAGCUUAGACGGAUUAUAUUCGCGCGCGGCGUCUAAUUCAGCUCUUAGUUCAGCAUGCGUGAGCGUGCGUAAUUCACGAUGGACGAAUACCAACGGUGAUAUUGCGGACGACGUGACUUCAUUUUGCCGGGACAAUUUCGGCAUCGCCAAGUGAUUCCUAUCUCUCGGUUAACGAUCUCGCGAACGUAAAGAGAAAUAUAAAUGAAUAUAAGAAUUUUUGGACGCCUGGCCAAGAUUUAAGGACAAAACAAAGACUGCGAUUGCCAGGAGGACUGGUUAUUCUCAUUUGACCGUGAGACUCUCCCGGGGACCAAAGUGAUAAAACUUAAGUGGCGCAGGCUAAGGUCGUUACCACUAUCGUAUAUACGUGCGUUCUCCCGCAUCCUGCGAUCGUCAGUAGACGAUGAUCACUCGUUGGAGUCGCAUCGCUCCUCAAUCGUGCACCUGAAUCGUUCUCUCUAACUAAAAAACAGACAUGUGGAGCCGCGUUUGGAUCGUUCUGGUUCUGAUGGCCGCCGUGUCCCGGCAAGUCUCUUCGUUGCAUUCGGACGCGGGCCCAUGGGUCCAAGCUACGAAGGGCGAACUCUGGCCUAUGCCGAAAUUGCGUAUUGUUAAAGCAGAUUUCUAUUUAUUGCGACCAUCAAACUUUGAUUUCCGCGUAAAUGGCGAAACGUGCGAUAUCGUGACCGAAGCGAUAGAACGCUACACGAGAAUUAUUUUGACGGAAGCUAGAAGAGCAAGGUUGGUCACGGAAGGGCAGCCAAGGACAUCCGUUAGAGAUGAUUCUCAUUUUAAAGGCACUCUUGAAGCCCUGAGCAUCCGCUUUUUGCAACCUUGUGAACAAAACGGUGAACAUUGGCCACAUUUGUACAUGAAUGAAACUUAUAAGCUCGAGAUAAACGAGACUUCAUCGGUCGCCGUUCUAUGGGCCGAAUCCGUGUGGGGAAUCCUUCGUGGCCUCGAGACUUUUUCGCAGAUAUUAGCACCAUCUGGCGAUGGCCCGAGUUUAAAAGUAAAAUGUCAAACUAUUCUGGACGAGCCGAAACUACCGCAUCGCGGUCUCUUGCUCGAUACCUCUCGCCAUUAUCUACCCCUAUCUGACAUACUGUUGACACUGGACGCAAUGUCGUACAACAAGCUAAACGUCCUUCAUUGGCACAUCGUUGACGACAACAGUUUCCCAUAUCAGAGCACCAGGUAUCCCGACUUGUCUGCCAAAGGCGCUUACCAUCACUUGAUGAUCUACACGCCUAAUGACGUGCAGAAAGUUGUCGAUUACGCGAGAUUACGGGGUAUCCGUGUGAUGCCCGAGUUCGACACACCUGGUCACACUAGAUCAUGGGGUCUGGCCUAUCCAGAAUUACUAACGACAUGUUACGAUUCUUCUGGAAAACCAAACGGUAAACUGGGCCCGAUGAACCCAAUAAAUCCGAAUCUGUACGAAUUUGUACGGAAUUUAUUCUCCGAGAUCGUGCAAGUGUUCCCGGAUCAAUAUCUCCACCUAGGUGGCGACGAAGUGCCCUUCGAUUGCUGGGCCAGCAAUCCGAAAAUUGUCGAGUACAUGAAAGAGCACAAUAUAUCCAAAUAUGAGCUGCUCGAGAACGAAUAUAUAGCCAAGGUACUCGCGAUCAGCAGUUCGCUAGACGCCAAUACUAUUGUAUGGCAAGAGGUUUUCGAUAAUGGCGUCGUGUUGCCCGCGAGCACUGUAGUUCACGUUUGGAAGUUGCCGCUUUGGCAACAGGAGUUAGAGAGAGCAACGAUGGCGGGACAUCCGGUCCUGCUGUCAUCAUGUUGGUACCUAGACCACCUCGCGAGUGGCGGCGACUGGCAGAAAUAUUACAAUUGUGAUCCGUUCGAUUUUGCUAAUGCGGCUAAUGCCACGAAUCUGAUGCUCGGCGGUGAAACUUGCAUGUGGGCAGAGUUUGUCGACAAAAAUAACGUGCAUCCGAGAAUCUGGCCGCGUGCAAGCGCAGCGGCCGAACGUCUGUGGAGCUUCAACAAGCAGGAUAACAAUGUUGCCGCUCAGCGCCUGGAAGAGCACGCUUGCCGUAUGAACAGACGCGGUAUUCCCGCCCAGCCACCGAAUGGGGCAGGGUUCUGUGUCACAUAGCCGAUUCUCCAUCAGUUGACACCAAUGCUCCGUUUGAUCUACGCAACAUUUACGCUCGCAUAGCAAACCCACGAGAAAUCCGAUCUUUUGUUUCACGCACUCAUUCAUCACUAUCACACAAGUAUGCGUGUACUACAUUAAACAUAGUCUAAGUAAUAUAAUAGUCCGUAUUGUUUUUUAUAUCAUAGCUAAUUAUUCCGCAAAUCUUUUCUCAAUAAUUUAUCCAACACUUUUCGACAUGUGCAUUAACGAUUAGAGAAAAAGAAAAUCAUAAGCAAAGUAUUUUUUAGUGAUUAGAAAUUAUUGUAAUUGUAUACAUGUAAUAAAUAUUUCUAAAUGCAA